AUGGAUUUUGAGGCUUCUGAUAUGCUAAAAUUUCGUGAUUUUGUCGAUGAUGGGAAUUUUCAUGUUAAAUGUCUCACUUCAUGUGAGAAAAGUAAACCAGAUUCAGAUUUGAAAGAACUUGUUACUUGUGAAGAGUUUGAAUUUGAAAAUGAUAAUGAUAAUGUUCCUUUUACACCAAGGCUUUCCCCGAUUUCGAGUUUUGCAACAUGUAAUUGUAAACAUGAUACGCCUGUUAAGAUGCGGGAUACUACUAUAAUGCCGGUUAAGACGGUAUUUGAUAACAACAAUUCCUUGCAUAUUUCUGUUAAGAAAUCAAAGGUGGCACCGGAUGAUGACGCGAAAGAUGAUAUUUCUUUAAGCCCGGGUGAAUUGGCAAAAUCAUAUAAGAAAUGCGAAAGGAAGAGACAAUUUGAAGAGAAGAGGUUGAAGUCUAUAAAUAGAGAGAUUGAGGAGUGUCUCAAAGAGCUUGCAAAUAAAAAGACACAAAUUAUGAAGGAGUUUGAAUCCGAAAAGGAUAAAUUUGAAGGCCGUGUAAAGGAGCAUCAAUCAAAAGAAAGAGAAUUUGAAGACCGAGUAAAGGAGCUUGAGUCAAAAGAAAAUAAGUUCAAAGUGAAGGUGAAGGAGCUCGACUCAAAAGAGAAGCAACAUGAGGGCCGUGUAAAGGAGCAUCAAUCAAAAGAAAGAGAAUUUCAAGACCGAGUAAAGGAGCUUGUGUCAAAAGAAAAUAAGUUCAAAGUGAAGGUGAAGGAGCUCGACUUAAAAGAGAAGCCGUUUGAAGGUGAAGUCAAAGAACUUGAGUCAAAGCUGAAUAAAUUUGAUGGACAACUAAAGGAGCCUGAAUUGAGAUGGAUACAAUAUGAAGCAUUAAUGAAAUAUAUUAAUGAGGAAAAAGAUCUGGUUGCAUCUUACAUGCAUGAUCAAUCAAGUCCUACCAUUGAUGAAACAAGUUUGCUGUUGGACACAAGUGAGAAAACUGAUGUAGUUGAGUCACUUUGCAAUGACAUUUUAGUUUUUCUUCUAGAAUUAUCAGAUCCUUCAAGAGUAGUUUUGGAUAUGAUACAGAACCCCAUUAUUCCACUGUGUAAGAAGGGAGAUAAUGGUGGGAUUAUUGUGGGUUACCACAUCUAUCUACUAGAACAACUGAUGAGAAUCUCACCAAAUAUUGAACCUUGUGUAAGAGAAGAAGCAUUGAAGCUAGCACUUGAUUUGAAAGCUUACAUGAAAGAAAAUACUGAAAAUUCUUUGACGGUUCUUGCUUUUCUACUGCUUUUGCCAAUUUACGGAUUGCUUACUUCUUUCAAUGAAGAUGAAGUUAUGGAGCUUUUCGCAUUUGUUGCUCAGCACAAGAUAGCUAUUGAGAUGUUUGGGACCCUAGGUUUUGCAAAUAAAGUUUCUGAUUUUGUUGAAAAUCUUAUCAGGAGGAAGCAAUUUGUUGGAGCUGUUAGAUUCAGCUGUGCAUAUAACUUGGCUGGCAAGAAUCAAUUAGUUGAUAUGUUGCGAGAACACAUCCAGAAUGCCAAACUGAUUUGUGAGAGCAGCUGUGAGAAAACCAACUCCAUUGAAAUCAAGGAUAAGGCCAGAGAUGAAGAAAUUGCUAGUCUGAGAACUGUUUUACAAUGCAUUUCAGAUAACAAGAUCCUAGAAUCUGAGGAUCUGCUUAAAAAGGAGAUUCGACGUCGUAUUGUUGAGCUAAAAGCACAGAAAGGCAAUUAG